ACUGUGCCAAGUACCUGAUCCGACUACACAUUCCUUAUAGUCCAAGGAACACAAUGAAAGGACUGUUGCUUCUCGGCUUUGUUGCAGCUGUUAUAGGCAGAGUUCCUGAUAACCAAUAUGCCAGGGAUAAAGUGUUGCGUCUGAAACCAGAGAAUGAACAGCACCUGCAGUUUUUAAGGGAUGUGGCUCCUGCAUUAAAGAUGGAUUUCUGGCAGCCAUCUUCUCUCGAGCUGGUAACCACUAACAGGAGUGUGGAUUUGAGGGUCCCUGCAGCCUCUGUUUCUGAAACCCAGUUUCGGCUGGAGGAGAUUGGACUGAAAUAUGAUGUUUUAAUUGAUGACAUGAAGACACUGAUGGAAAACCAGUUUGACCAAAAGGAUAACAAUUCUACCAACUACAAUUAUGAAAAAUAUCAUCAAUGGAUUGAGAUUGAAUCCUGGAUGAAGAAAAUCACAAAUGAAAACCCAAGACUGAUUUCUCUGUUCAGAAUUGGAAAGAGCUAUGAGUAUCGCAAUAUCUAUAUCCUCCGGGUCGGCAAAAGAACACAUACAGCGAAACCUGCCAUCUUCAUGGACUGUGGGAUCCACGCCCGCGAGUGGAUUUCACCUGCCUUUUGCCAGUGGUUUGUGAUGGAGGCUGUUCAAUCUUUUGGAAGAAAUUGUACCAUGGACACCCUUCUCAAUAAAUUGGAUUUCCUGAUUGUUCCUGUUGUCAAUGUAGAUGGUUAUGUUUACACUUGGACCAAGGAUCGAUUGUGGAGGAAGACACGCUCCAGGAAUCCUGGCACUACCUGUGUGGGCACUGAUCCCAACAGAAACUUCGAUGCCAAGUGGUGCUCCAUUGGUGCCUCAAGGAACCCAUGUGAUGAGACUUACUGUGGAUCCCAUGUUGAGUCUGAGCGGGAAGUCAGGGCUGUGGCUAAUGCCAUCCGUAAAUACAAAGGGAUCAAGGCUUACAUCACAAUGCACUCGUACUCUCAGAUGUGUCUCUUUCCGUAUUCCUACACGUACUCAUUGGCUCCAGACUACAAGGAAUUGAAUUUCAUUGCCCGGAAUGCAGUUAUGGUCUUGAGGAGCCUUUAUGGAACUCGAUAUACCUACGGUCCAGGUUCACUCACGAUAUAUCCAUCAGCUGGAGGUUCGGAUGACUGGGCCUAUGACAUUGGAAUUAAAUACUCAUUUACCUUUGAACUCCGCGACUUGGGUCAGUAUGGUUUCUUAUUGCCUGAGUCCCAGAUCAAGCCAACCUGUGAAGAGACCAUGUUGGCAAUCAACUACAUCACCUCUUAUGUUCUCAGGCAUCCAUAUUAAUCUUCCUUGGUGAAUGAGUAAUUUUUGAUUCUUGGAAGUAUUGCAUAUGUACAUUUCUAUUGCUUGGAAUGUAUCAGUGUAUAUUUGUUUUUGUAUAUGAAGUGGAGUUCAGAGAUCUUCUGGUCAAUUUCUCUCUUAUGAGAUUUCUUCUGUUUCCCUGUUGCCCAUUUCUUAUUGUUCCUCAUUCUCUUUCCGUUAUUUUUCUUUCUGUUUCUUCUCUUUCUCCUCCCUCUGAUUUUCUCUCCACUUCUUUCCAUUCAGAAGGAGGUGAUGGACAUAACGUAGAGGAGUGGAGUUUGUAGGAUAAUUCUCCCAACAUGAGGUUGCAUUUCUAUUUCUUGCUCCACUACUCAUGCUCCCAACCCCCCCCCCCCACCUUGCUCCUUUACUUCUCUAGUCCUUCAUUAUCCAGUUAGAACAUUCAUUCCCAAACCCAUCAAUUUUACAACCCCUUUGUCACCAAACUCAGUGCUGAGUUUUCCUAAGCUCUUUACCCUUCAUUUCUCUCUUAUCAAUGAAAGAUUGGCCUUUCCUCUUGGUGGUAUCCCUUACCCUCUACCUAUUCCCAGCCUCCAUAGGCCUCACAGCCUCUACCCUACCUUCUUAUUUGUGCAAAGACCUGCCUUGCUUCCACAGGAAACCCAUCUUUCUCUCUAUUUCUAUAUCAAGCUCAUGAGGGGAAGAAAGCCACACAGCAUAAAGAAAAUGGAACUAAGCAUGCACCGCAUGUGUGAUUCACUGGCAUUCAUACUUAUGUUGAGUUUAAUCCUCUGUAUCUUAGCCCUAAUGUUGAUUCCAUACAUCUGAAAAACAUUGGUGAAUUUACAAUAGCUGAGAAAGCUGCAAUAAUUUUGAAAAUUGAAUUCAUAUUGACUGUGAUUAUAUCUAUAGCUUGUAUACAAGAAAUAUGCCAUACCCUGUCAUUUCAUUCUCCUUGAUAUGUGGGUGCAUACUGUCAAUCAGAGCUUCAAAUGCAUAUAUUCCAAUUUGUUCUCUAAUGUCAAAUAGCUUGAAACAUAUUAUAUCUGAGUAGGAAUUUCCUUCCAUUUGCUGAUCUGGUAAAGAUCUUCUUUCCCACACGUGAUGGAAUUAGAACACAGAAUACAGCCCAUAAAAGGCUGUAGCACAGUACAGACUCUUCAGCCCAUGAUGUUGUGCUGACCUAAUCUUGCCCUUCCUUUCUAUGUAGCCCUCCAUUUUUCUACCAUUUGUAUGCCUGUUGAAGAGAUUCUUAAAUGCUCCUAAUGAAUCUGUCUCUACUACCACCCAUGGCAGGGCAGUCCACACACCCACCACUUUCUGUGCAAAAAAACGUACCUCUGUUAUCACCCCACCCACCCACCCCCCAGACUUUCCUCCAAUCGCCUUAAAACUAUCUCCUCUUAUAUUAGCCAUUUUUGGUUCCAAUGAAAGCACGCCCUAUGUUAUCUUUCAAAUAUGACUUAAUCUUAGCUUUGAAAGGAUUUGCAGACUUAUUGGUGAAAGCCAGGAGAGAUGAUUAGCUGGCAGUUCAUUCAGAGAUGUGACAAAAGUUGGACGGUUUGAAUGGUCUUAAUUUAUCAGAAAAUUGUGUAAUUCCAAGAGUACACCGUCAAUUCUCAAAUAACACAAACUUAACAUUUUCCACAGGGUUGUUGCUCUGGGAAAGAUAACAGUCUCAAUUCUUUCAUACUCAAUUAUAUGUAUGAUAACAGUCAACAAUACAUAGGAAGUAGAUUAGGACCUGGAGAUAUUGGGUUCUGGAUUUCUUCAUCCAGAUUCUCUACGCAGCAGUUAACUUCACCUAAUGGAUAGAGGAAAGGGACAAAAAUCCACUUCCAUGACUGCAUAUUCUAUUCCCAAGCAAAUACUUUUUUCCUUACUUAUCACUGGUUUACAACCUGUUGUGUAUUCAACAAGUUUGCACUGUAGAAGGUGGAGUUUCCAAUUUGAGAUCCAACCCUCAAGCUGAUCCUACAUGCCCAAAGAUACUUCAGUCAGUCUUCAGCCCUCUUCCAUGUAACAAGUACACAGGUUACAACACACUUGUCAAUAACAGGUCUCCAACCAGGACUCAGGUUUCAGAGAGUUAAGCGCCGGGCCAGAUUGAAAAGGUCAAGGUGUAGGGGCCAGAGACGAGGCGGGGGCUGGUUCAGUUCACUGCUCCACAGCAUUUACUGGACUCUACACUGAACAAUGGGUCCCUCUUAUGGACUUCAGUUCAGAAACACUAUUUGCUUGCGAUUACUGUUUGCACGAUGAUAUUUUUACAUUGCACAUUGGGUAUUCAGUGAUCUUUUUAUGGGUUAUUUUAUUUUUUAUGGGUUCUUUUUUAUGGGAAUAAUGUGGUUUUCAUUCUCUACACAUUGAGUGUUAGAUAGUCUUCUUUAUAUAUAUGUAUGGGUUCUUUUUUUGGGUGUCUUUGUUUCAUGGCUGCCUGUAAGGAGACAAAUCUCAAGGUAGUACAAUGUGCACAUACUUUGAUAAUAAAUGUACUUUGAAACUUUGAUACACUGCUAGGAGUAAACACCCUUCAUCAGUGUCAAAAAACCUACUGCAUCAAUUUGCUUUCAUUGUGGGAAAGGUAUUUCUUUUAAGAAUGAUUAUGUUAUCAUGUAUAUUGUGGGACCAUUUAAGUGCUGUAAUAAAAUAAUCUACUUAACAAUAAGAAAUUAUGUCCAUUCUUACAGCAAACUACCUGCAUUUAUCUAGUAUACAGAAUUUGUUAAUCUAUCUUGUUUUUUUUAAUUCAUUUAUUGGGGUACUCUUUCAAUUAAUUAUAUCUCAAGAGCAACUAUGCACU